ACUGUCUUGCUGAAAAUAAAAAUAAUUGGCAGGAUCUAGGAUCUGACUGAUUGAUUGGUCCGAGAUCGAGCUCCCAUACGCGUCCAAGUGUGAAGUGCUUUAUGGUUUGGGUACCUGUAGCUCAGCUUUCGCGAACUGUUUUGGUCUUACCGGUAGUUGUGUUGGAGGCAUUCCUUUGUGAACAGUUUGUUUCAUUGCAAACGAACCUCAGAGCAUAACUCCUAUACCUGUCUCUUGUUGGUAGUUAUGAUGGCAGUACUGCAGCUAGUCGCAGCAAUUGCACUGCUUGGUGUAUGCGGUGCAACAAGGCGUUCGGAGGGUGUUGGCACGACGUAUCCAAACAUUGACUAUCGGCCUCGUUAUCACCUGACAUGCGAGCGAGGAAGAUUGGAUUAUCCCAGCCUAGCAUACUCAGAAAUCAAUGGCAGAUUGGUUUAUCACGUCUUUUACCACUGCUCCUCAUUGCCCACUGAUGAUAACAGUGUCGAUGCUAUUGAUAGCUGGUAUCACACGACCAGCACAAAUUUGAUGAGCUGGGAGGCUACCCUUUUGCGCGGCAUUCCGGCGGGAACGACGUCCAUUUCCGUCGCUCAGCCGUCGUUCAACUCCACCAAAGCUGUAGCGGCACUGCUACGAGGUGAUGGUGUCUACCUUGUGCACUCGGUGGACGAGAAAAUGGUCCAGUGGGUCGAGUUGUCUCUGAAGCCGAUCAUCACACCGCCCGAGGGCGCCAGCAACUUCACCGACGUUCGCAUUUGGUCGAACGGCACAACGCAGUACUACUUACUGGCUGGCUCCACUCUGAACAGCUCCUACACGAAAGGUAUUCACGCGGACAAUGGCUCCGUUCCCGUCACCUAUCUGUACGAGAGUAGCGACCUGAAGACCUGGACAUCGCACGGCGUCUUCUGGCAGGGCGAUUCUUACUUUGGCGCCACGGCAAAGAGCGUCGAUUUUUACGAGGUGAUCAAUGCUCAGCUCAGCUUCAAGCAGCAGGUUCUUACGGUGACGUUUCCACAAGAGGCUGGCUCAUUCUGCAUCAGUGGCCUGUUUAACUUCACCAAUCCCAAUGCGUUCAAGGUGUACUCCCUUCGACAUGCUGACUAUGGCAGACUGGACCAUACCAGCAGUAUCCUGGAUACGCUAGGUCGCCGUCUGGUCAUCGGGGCUGUUGACGAGAUGAAGAGCAUCGGCUGGCAAGUGCACGACACGUAUGCCGGUAUUGUCAGUUUGCCACGCAUGGUUCUCUCUCUGCCAGAUGAAGAGGUUGGCUUUCAGGCACCAGAGGAUGUCUCCUUCCUCUACGGCAAGUCUCUUGGUCGCCUUGAUGGCUUGGCACUGAACUCGGGAGAGACAGAAAUUCUGCCAUUGCUCUACGGAAAUCAGAUGGUCAUCCGUGCCACUAUUGCUGUGACCGUUAUGCCCAGUGCUAAGUUUUCGACUGGUUUCAAUGUGCUGAUGUCGGACGACAAAUCUGAGUUUACAACCAUCGCUAUUAAGAGCAAUCCAAACCCCAAGCCAGUUCAGUGUAUUGAUAUUCCAGUGUCUCAUGGGUCGGACCGAACUGGCUUUGAUUACUAUAUCUAUGAGGUAGCUCAGCUGGAUGAGUGCAAGGCUGCAUGCUGCGCUGAUAGCCGGUGCAAGUCCUUCGUGUUCGUCUACAAGAUGAAUGUGAACAUUGGAUUCAACUGCACUGUGGGAUCGAAUUGCUGCUUCCUGAAGAGCAGGGCCCCGCCGAUGAGGCCAUCUUUGUUGAACAUCUCCUCCGGAUUGCCCUCCAUUCAAAACAGCGUACUGUCAGUUUCCACACUCAACUCCAGCUUGAACCCAGAGGCUUUUACAGAGGAGAAGCAUGUUCCUUUCCAGUACGCACCUCCGAGCCUCGAUCCCAAUGUUGGUCGUCGCUCUGACCGUAUCAGCGAGAAGCGUCGCUCUGAACUCGAAGCAACCUUUGGCCCGUCAGUGCAUAGCAACGAGGUUCCGGUGACGGACUCUGUGACCGUGCAAAUCUUCAUCGACCACAGUGUGCUGGAGGUGUUUGUGGAGAAUGCGCUGGUCAUUACCGAACGCAUCUAUCCCACCAAGGACGACAGCAUGAACGUUGAGCUCUUCUCUAACAACAGCAACGUGACGUUCACGUCCAUCGAAGCUUACCAGAUGGAGAGUGCGUUCAACACAUAGCGUGGUGCUGCCUCAAUGCAACGGCAGUGUUCUCUACGGUGGGAUUCACAACUGUACGACUUCGUCGAGUCGUGUGCGUCCCUGUAUGCGUGUGUGUGUGUGUGUGUGUGUGUGUUGUUGCAUUGUGUCCUGAUGGCGUAGCCUUCGUGUUGGUCCUUUGGAACACGCACACCCCCGGGGCAGAUUCUUCUUAUUUGCAGCGGUGCACUCGUUUUCUCUUUAUCCCCAGCACGCCGGUGACUCGCUCUACUUUGUGCAUCUUUGCUUGAGACUGUUCUGUUGCUGGCAGUGCACCAGCGAGAGAGCAGUUGUGUAGAUAACCUUGCUUUGCCGUGUUGAGUUUGCAUGAGUGCCAUUUGCGGCGCCGAUUUGUUGUUUUGUUUGUCAAAUGAUUUGUUCAUACUUUCGGUUUUAUAUACGAAUUAUCUCACGCUGCAGAUAGUGCUGUUAUCAAGGCCGCGUAAAAUUAAUUAUGAAAGUUGUGGUACAAUCGCUGCGUUAUACAUGGAUAUGUAAUGCAAUAUUACGUCCUGGCUGGCUUCUCAGCUGAUUGUCUGUUGA